AAUUCCGCAACUGAAGCGAGUCGCCAUGGGGAUCCGCAGCACGCGGCCGUUGCCGCUUGCGCACGCGGAGCUGGUACUAGCCCCGUUCUUUAAGCGGCGUUUCCGAUCCUGGCAUCUGGACCACGUACGGUUGGCACUGCAACGCUACCGGCUGCUCACAACACGUUAUUGCGUGGACGCGUUGCAGCUCAGCACUAUACUUGGUAUCAAGGAGAAGAAGCUCGUGGACGACAUUAUGCGACUCUUCCUGCCACGAACACCGACCAGAGUGCAGUGUAUGGUGGACGUUAUGGAGGUUCUUAUCGCACUAGUGCUCGUUUGCCAGGCACCCAGCAUGCUGCAACGCUUUGAGCUGAUCUUUGAUAUUGUGGACUUGGAGGCUAAAGGGGCCAUCUCGACGACAGACUUGAUAAUGUUGUGUGGGGCGGUGGGACGAAGUAUUAUGAAGUUAUUUGAGUACACGGUGAAGCCGGAACAACACGCAGCGAUGACGUACACUACGGACGUUCUGGACUCGCUUGGUGUGAGCAGAAACGAAUCCAUUGGUAAGGAAACAUUGUGCAAAUUUAUGGUGUCGGACCGUUUUGCUGUUCACUACACGAAGCAGUGCACAGGCGAAGAUAAACCAAAACUCUACGUCAUGAUGGAGAAGGAAUCAGAGUUCCUUGGAGCUAUCGAGUUCAGCGAUGAGAAGCAUUUGCAAACGACGUCAUUGAAGACUGUGCGAGACAUGAUUCACGCACAGGUACAUCGGGUUCCAGAGGAUUUUUCAUUUCUGUGCCAGGGUCGUGAAGUAAGAAAAGUGUGGGAAGUGGAUCGUCGAGCGUGGACUGUUUUGCCUUUUGCACUGCGGGGAUCACCAGGACUACGAACCGACAUCAUGGCUAGGAAUCGUGGACAUGAACGACCGAAAGUUGUCAGUCCUUUUGAGUUUCGGUACAUGGGCAAUCUAAUCAGACGUUACAAGAAGUCUGUUCAUGAUAUUAAGCCCGUUUACAAGCACCGCGCCUAUCGUCUGCGGAGAAAUGCUCCUAGAAAGCAACUUGAAGCGGCUGUAGAGUGGCGCGUGGCAACUACUUGGAGUGGAGAGUGGUUGUACGAGCAAGAACUAGUUAAGUCGACAUCAAAGCCAGGAAUCCUGAAGUCUUUACGAACAAAGGCUCGACCCGAGCAAGGGGUACUGAUGGUUAAAUCACACUUCGGAGAGAUACUCUCCACAUAUUCCAUGGUUGAUACCGCAAAUGAAAGCAACAAGUGUAAUCAACUCGAAUCAGCGCCAUUGGAUGGCACGCCAUCGACAUUUUCAAAACCUGAACAGCGAAUGCAGCGAAUUGUCUCGCUGAGCUUAAGAGAGCGCAAACGUGAAGACAAGCUACGUAAGCAGAAAAUGCAAUGGAAGGCCAGACUUAUCGCAAUGGAAGCACAGCAUCAAAUGGAGACAAAGUCAAGCAGUGUAGAUGGGAAGCGUUCUCGUCAAUCCGUGACUCGAACCACAAAAGAUGUCAGUAACACAUCUAGCGUGAAAACUGUGCUGGUUCAUAUCGGAGAAGAUAAUGUCCUGCCGUCGCGUCUUGUUCGCUGUGAACAAAAGAAGAGGCCGAGGCCGAAGAAACUGAAGUGGAAAACCUGGCGAUGGGAUGUUCCUGGAAGGCUCCUGUCUUCUUUGCCUCCGAGGCGCAAAAUGAUGAAAGUUUCGAAGAUCAGCGAUGAUAUUUCUUUGGUUACGCCAUUUGGAACUUCGACAAACCAGGAGCUUGGGCUGGGAAAGUUUCUUAGCUCAACGAACAUUUUCCUUGAAGACGAUGAAGUGGAAGUUUGCCCCGUAUUAAUAAUCCGACCUGUUGGAGAACAAAUAUGUGUGAAUGAACAUUUAAACGGCGAUCUCGAACACGUUCCACUGCCAUCUACUGCUUCCGUGGAUGAGUCACCAGUCGAGAAUGUACUGAAGAAGCCUUUGUUUGCGAACAAAGUAUAUUUAACGGAGUUUGAGUACGAGAUCAGUGCUAGCGAAAGUAAUUACGAGGCUCUUUACCAGCAUGUUGCGAGUGGAUCACUCCAGGAUGCAAUUCGGUUGAACCGGCGUGACGCUUGUGGUCGCACGAUGUUGCAUGAUGCUGCUGAGUUUGGACAUUCGAACCUAAUGGAGUUGUUAUUGAAAGCCCGGGUUCUCCUCGAUGUUCAGGAUAGCAGAGGAGAUACACCACUCCACCAUGCUGCUCGCCAUGGUCGUUUGAAGGAGGUGAGUAUGCUUCUGCGGGAGCACGCAACACCGUGGUUACCGAAUGCUGAGGGAAAAUCCCCAUUAUAUUGUGCUCUUGAAACUGCUGCCACAAGUCGUGGACGAGCAAUUGCCCGUUCCGAUGGAAAAUGUCCUGAGGCAAACGCUGUCGACGAGCGCAGAAACUUUUUAGCAUCUCGAACUUACCCUCAGCUCCAUCAAGUGAUCGAUUUACUAUGGGAUAACUACAAAUUGGAGCAUCUCGUGCGUAAGGACGGCUACGAUCAUACGGAUUGCUUAGAACUCGAGAAACAAGUCUAUGGAGACAUGAUCCAGGCUUGCCAUGAUGGAAACUUGUUGCGAGUUCAAAGGUUAGUAGAGUUGGACAAACGACCGGCCCUACAGUACAUCAACGAUCAAAUGGAGAUCUUGAAGCGCACAGCUCUUCACGAGGCAACGGAACAGGGUCACACAGCUACAGUGGACUUGCUGCUGAAGAUUGGUGCCGACGGUUUCUUGACGGAUCAGCGCUUGCAAGCUCCACUGCAUUUGGCUGCUAGCAAAGGAUAUGAUAAAAUCGCAAAGUGUCUGGUCUCAAAGUUUCCACAAACGGUAGCAUAUCAAGACAUUGCUGGCUGUACACCACUCCAUUUAGCGAUUCAGCAUAAACACUGGAGUAUUGCGGCAGACCUCAUUUCCGCCAUACGAUCUAGUGGAGACAUCAUGUACCAUGACACAGGUGCUUGGUGCAACGCUCAAGGCCGAAGCAUGCAUUGCUUGGACCUCCAAGAUCUUCACGGAUACACUGCGUUGCACUAUGCUUGCAUUCAUGGCAAAUUCAAAAUGUGUGAGGCAUUGGUUAAUGCUGGAGCAACUACAACGAUCUUGCAAUGCGAAUAUCGAAUUCAAACAGGAACUCCUCACCUUCUUGGAGUUUGGUGGAAAGGGGCCGUGAAGCGAAUUGGGAACCGCAAGAGUCUGAUGAAGGAAGCGGAUCAAAUCCAUGUUUUCGACGUUGCAGCGGCCGAGCAGGUGAUACAAGGGUGUAAACAGAACAUCUCGAACUAUCAAGAACGACUAGCUGUGCUGGAUCUUCUUCUCAGUCGCGAAAAUGUCGACGGUCCUAACCGUGACAAGCCAAAUCUAGUGAAAAUGGCCCCAUCCCCAUUAUUCCACGUCGCUGCCCAGCUAGCAGGUGUCAAUAUUAGCAUCGCGGUGGAAAUGUGUCGACAACUUCACAAACUACGUGUUGAGAUCAACCAGCCACACUCUCGAACAGGUGAAACUGUGCUGCUGCAGGAGUGCAAACGCAUUUGCAGCACAGCAAAUAUUUACUCUAGCUCUCUACACGCAGACGGAACGAUGGAUGAGUUGGCACUUGCUCGGUGUUUAUUGGAGCUGGAGGCAAACGUUGAUCUGGCAAAUGAAAUCAACGGUGAAUCGCCACUUGGAUGUGCAGCAUGGUAUGGACACUUACCACUCAUGGAUUUACUUUUGGAAGCUGGCGCGGAUAAGGAUGGCUUUCUUCGACGAUGUUCUUUCUCGCCGCUGCAUUUUGCUGCAUUGGGAAAUAACGUCGCAUGCGCAAAGAUGCUCAUUGGUAAAUCAGCAAUUGUUAAUGUUGGGAUGCCUCCUGCAAACGCCGAAACGCCAUUAUAUUUUGCAAUCCGUUCUAAGAGUGUAGAAAUGGUGGACCUUCUUCUUCGUAGUAACGCUGAUCCUUGCUCGCCAUGUACUGUGCAGCGCGGUGGUUCGUCGUUUGGAAUCAUUCUUUCACUCCCAGAUAUGCACAUUAGCCAAAAAGAUGAAGGCGCUAACGCUCGAUAUGAGGAAAUCGACAAAGCACUUAUUGUUGCUUCGCCAUUGACAUUUGGAUUGCUAGUGGCUCAGUCUAUUAAAGAAUUUAGCGUCCCAGAACAAUUGAGCUGUACGGUGGAACGCUCAAGGAGACAGACUGAGUUGAAGGAGAUGGAGCGCAUUUGCGUGAUGGUCGCAGAGCGAUUGCUCGAAGUUAAUGGUGGCAGUAAGGGGAUUGUAUCUCGCAAUGACAUUUGCCUAGCCUGUCAAGUUGGAUUUUGGGAACUCGUGCAAAUGCUUCUGACCCAGCAAAUCUCACUGUCGAACGCUCCAAGCGUACAUGAUAUGAAUGCCCUCCACUUAGCAGCUGCUGCAGGCCAAACAAAGGCCGUUACUGCGUUGGUCGCGAGUGGAAUGAACGUAAAUUGCAUUACUCGAAGUGAUUCUUCAAGACCAAGGAGAUCUAAAGCGCGGAGGUCGUGGUAUGAGUGGAUUGGAUGUGGACACAGAGGGGCUUUGUUUUACGCUUUGGUAAAUGGCCAUACAGAAACCGCAGCGAAGCUGUUGGUGCUUGGAGCAAAGGCUGAACUGACAAUUCCACACUUACGAAAAAGACAUGGGAAAGCAUACUACAUCGACAACGAACGCAAAGAGCUCUUUGUUGUGCGCUUUAUUGUCAGCAAAGCAAUGAGCAAAGCCCCGAGAACUAAAUUCCUGGAGGAAUCGAUGGGAAAAGAUGACGGCUGCAGGCCCAGCGGGGACGAAGCGUCUGCACAUUUGAUCCAUUUGAUUGAAACCAGCAUUAACCAGAGGGUACCUCUUCUCCACUUGACUGUUGCGUUAGGUCACUCAACCUUAGUACGAGCUCUCGUGGAAGCUGGUAUGACCCUUUUCUCAGGGUUCGAUGCGGAUUUCAUAUCCCAGACACAGAUGGACGGUGCAAAUGAGCCAUUGGAAACGGUUAUUCACAUCGCCAUUGCUUAUGGACAUUUGACAACCAUGGAGUACUUUGGAAAGCUCGUUCAGAACAACUUCCCUGGGGUUUUCCACCGCGAGGGGAAAAUCUUCAAGAGCCUUCUAAUUACUGCUUGCGAGGCACACCAAGCACAGAUUUUGCAUUUUCUGGUGAGGCACGACGGAGUUGAUGGUGGAGGGUUCACCUACGAGGCUUGCAAGGACGAGUUCCAGAGCGCACUAUGUACUUGUGCAACGUUUCAGUUUGUCGAGGGUUUCGAAGUGCUUGUUCAGCAUGGAGCUAGCCCUGAUGUGAACGUCCUCGUGAGCUUACUGAAGGGACUUGCAUUAUCAUCAAAGAGUGCAAGGGCUAGCCGCCAAAUCAACUCGCUAUAUGAAGCACUGGAAUGGGACGACUGUGAUCACCGCUCGUCAUUUACUUUUUGGGGGGAGAGACGUCCAUAUGACUUUAAACGCAAUUCCGUUAAAGUUGCCAUCAAGCUAUUGGAACUGAUUCUUUCUUCCGAAUUCGUUGAUGAUAUCAAUGAAUUCAUGGGACCAAGCCCCAUCUAUGAGCUAAUACUCAAAAUCUUGGUUAUUUGCUCGCGGUAUGGCCUGUGGUUUGUUUUGGAUAGAAUAUUUGUUCGCCAUCAGAACUAUUUUGUGGAUGUGACGAGCGCUUGGAAACCGGUGCUUGUACGGGCAGUCAAAAGCACUUUUAUUUUCCACAGAGCUGCACUGGAUAAUCAGAUGAACUUGGUCGCAUUUUUUCUUCGACUCGGUGUUCCUGUGAAUUUACGACUCGGCAAAACUAAUCUGACGAGAUGUCCGAUAUGGUAUGCUGCUUCGAGUGGAUCUCUGGAAGUAUUUCUUGUCUUAGCCUUGCACUCGGAAUUGUUUGUGAAAGACUUGGAGCUCGACGCGCACCACAAACUAGAUUUUGCUAACUGGCCACUUGUAUUUCGAUCGAUUGACGAAUCCCAAGGCACUUUGUCGACCGCAAAUACCACUUGUCGGUGGCAGAACCUUAGUGCUUUCAGCUGCAUCGAACUACCGAGGAAACAUACGAAAGGGUUGUUGAUUCAAAAGUUCAUCAACUAUGGACUCUUGAUAUCUCGCGGGCACAGUGACACUUCGCUGCUGCAUCAUGCAUGCCGACGAGGAGAGUUGAUCGCUGUUCAAGCUCUUGUUGAAGCUGGUGCUGAUCUAGCUGCAACAAAUCGAGAAGGAAAUACUCCAUUGGAGAUCGCAAGCGGAAGAAAAGAUGGAUUUGGUCUCGCAAUCGUACGUCACCUCCUGUCGGCCAUAGCACACCGGAACCUUCCUAAUGCACCGAGCAUCAUUGAUCGAGCGUUGAUUCGCUGUUUUGCUCAGGAAUCCCCGUACACCCUAAGAAUUGCUCAAGUGUUGCUGGAUGCUGGAGCAAGUGCUCGCUUUUCCUGCGAUGCAACAGAAGGUGAAGUUAAAGUCUGUGGGGCUGCCCAGAUUUCUGCAGUAUUUUACGCAUUGAAGUCAGUUAAUUCGGCAGGAGUGAGGUUGCUUUUGAAGCAUGGAGCAAUUAUCACGGUGGCCUUAUCAGAAGUGUUUUUGACACCAUUCAUGAUAGAUGCGAAGCAUUCUGUCAAGUAUCACUGGAAGCGGUUUUCCAAAUAUCUGAAACACAACAGCGGAAAGAAAAUAAUGCUGGAUAUUGAAGCUAUCAUGAAGAUCCUCUUGGAGAAGGAAGUAUUUCAGUCUGCCAUGAAUUCAGAUUUGAUUCAUCAGAUGCUUACGUCCGCUUCCGCACUUGCGGCUACUAUCGCACAAGCAGUAGACGAUAACAAAAGAUUUUGGGGUAUUGUUUCCUCGAUCCUGGACAAAUAUCCAAAAGAGGCAAGCAGUCGGAAGGCUGAGUGGAACCAGAAAGCAGCACUUCACUAUGCUGUGGCAAGUUUAGAAUUGCCGAUUGUGUCCAAACUGGCUGAGCUACGCGGAUUUGAUUUGAUCGCAGAAGACGAAAACAAGCAGACUCCACUCCACUUAGCGGCCGUUGGAGGUGACGAGACAAUUUGCCGAGUUCUACUAGGUAAGCUGCACUCGAAUACUGCAAAGGCCACGGCUAUAGACGUACAGGACGUCCGUGGUCGAACCGCCUUGCAUCUCGCUGUUAUUCAUGGCCAUGAAGCCAUCGCAAGCAUGCUCUUGGCUGCUGGAGCGUCACUUACUAUUCGCUGCCGCGACGGCUUAACUGCGUUGCUGUAUGCUGCGAAAUGUAAUCGACUGGCUAUCCUGAUUACCCUGUAUUCCCGAGCACAACCUAAGCCACACGACGCAUUGUUAACAGUAAACCAUGAAGCUGGUAUCUUUGUAGCUGCGCAAUACGGGGCAUUUCCUGUUGUUCGGUGGUUCAUAAACUUGUACGAGGACGAGAACAAAACUGGUGAACAAAACACGGCAGCUUUACGAGGCAAACGCUUAAUAUUUGGGAUGAAAUGUUGCGUUGGUCGUUCGAUCUUGCACUACGCAGCUAUCCAUGGCGACGUGGACACACUUGGAUCUCUAAAGAUGGCUGAAGGCGACAGUACAAAUGAACCCCUGGACGUUGUGAACACUCGAGACAAGUUCGGAUACACUCCACUAAUGUAUGCGGUUGCAUUUGGUAACCUCCGUGCAGUUCGAUUGCUGUGUGAGUUCGGUGCAGACCCAUACACAAGUAUUGACCACUCUGGAGAGCCUGGUGCCCACCCUUACACUAUCGGAUUCGACAUCGCUGGCCUCCUUCAAUGGUUUGCAUUGCCUGGAUGGUACUCGUUUGCAUGCAAAAAUCUCCCUCGUCAACAAAAGAAGAGCCUCAUACGCUCCACUUCGAUUGACGACGACUACUUCUGGCAUUCAAGCUACAGCAACAGAAAGAAGAGUGACAAACCUCUAGUCGAAUGGCGAUGCAAAUGGGAACGUCCGUUAGGGUGGAGAACUCGGAGAAAGAAACAGAUCCGGACAUCGAUGCGGUCUUGGCGAUUCCCUCAUAGGUCCAUCUUUGACUACGCGUGUGAAAUUGGCAACGAACAGAUCGUAGACUUCCUGGUGAACUUACGUCUUCCUCAGAUUUUCCGUGGUCUAGCAUACCAAGCACAACGUCGCAACUUCAUGCAGGCAGUGCGAUGGAAUCGUCUAGAGAUCAUCAAAACUCUUGUCACAUCAGCAGCUGGAAAUACCGUGAUUGAAUCAACGACAGGAAAUCACUUUGUGGAUUUCUUGGAGGCUGGGAUUGAGUGUGCGGUCUCGCGAGGUCUGGAAGAUAUGGCAAUUUAUUUAGUAGACCAGUGGCAGGGAAUCAAGGAAAAUGGUCGUGAUGGAGCGACUCCAAGUGCCUUUGCAUUCCAAUUCGCAUCAGCUUUCCAAGUCGCGUGUAUUCGACGACUGCCGAGGCUAAUGGAACGAAUGAUCGAGCGCGGUGGGGAGGAGAUUGUAGAGUUUCACCUAAACGAAGGCCCAGCUCUCGUUUACGCUUUUGCGUUCGGCUACGUGGACAUAGCGGAAUUAUUACUUCGCAAUGGAGCAGAUCCUGCCAUUGCCACUGCCACGUACGCAGUGCCUUCAAGUCGGAAGUGGGUGGAAUUUGGUUGUCCAAAGAGUGUCUGUGUGUCGUGGCAACCUCAAAUAUCUGAAGGAAGGAUGCGCACGAAAGGUCCUGCAUUUGUGGGACCUCUUAGUGUCUACGAAACACCAACACCACGAUUACCCGUUGACGAUCUUUGCCAGAUCUUUGCGGACGUCACGCUCAGUAAUAACGAACCAGGACAAUCUACGCUGUACGACGAUGUAGUUUCACAACAAGACACCACGAUCGAACUCGAGUUCAAGCAUGUUGCUUCUUACGAUGCUGAUGACCCAGCUGAUGCUGAAAAAUCGAGCGAAGAUAUUCGACCUGGCGAAGCUUUGCAGGAAUAACGACAAACACAACUGACAGACUUGAACCAAUUCCCAAGAUUGCCACACGACGCAGCUUGAACGAUGCAAAAUAUUUUCAUGUUGCCCAGUAUGGGAGGGCGGUGAUGCCCCUGUCUUUCUAUGAGAUGCA